ACUCCUGGAACUGGGAAAGCCCACGGCGAGAACAGGACACACGCAAGGACGGAAGCGCAGAGCUCUUCGCCUCUUCUGCUCGCGACGACGACGACGAUGAGCCCCCCCCGCGUCCUCCUCCUCCUCGCCGUCGUAGCGACGGCGGCGUGCUUCGGCGCCGCGGUGGCGGAUCAGCCCGGAUCCGGCGAGGGGUACACGAUCGCCGGCCGCGUCAAGAUCGACGCUGCAAGCGGAAAGGGCUUUGGUCUUCCAGCCAAGACAUCAAACACUAAAGUGAUACUUAAUGGUGGUCAGAAGGUUACAUUUGCCAGGCCAGAUGGCUACUUUGCUUUCCACAAUGUGCCAGCCGGAACUCAUCUGAUUGAAGUCUCGUCACUUGGCUACUUUUUUUCACCAGUUCGAGUGGACAUCAGUGCCAGGAAUCCUGGGCAUAUUCAAGCAGCAUUGACUGAAAACAGAAGAGUUCUAAAUGAGCUCGUUUUGGAACCUCUGAAAGAAGAGCAGUACUAUGAGAUAAGGGAACCUUUCAACGUAAUGUCCCUUCUUAAGAGCCCCAUGGGUUUAAUGGUCGGUUUUAUGGUCCUAAUGGUUUUUGUUAUGCCCAAGAUGAUGGAGAACAUAGAUCCUGAGGAGAUAAAGCAAGCUCAAGAACAGAUGCGGAACUCACCUGUUCCAUCCUUUUCUGGUUUACUAGCAAGAGCAAACAGCUAGAUGUAGGACACGUGGACAACAUGUGAUUUAAGUCUAUUUUGUGACAAAUAUCAGUACUAAACUGCUUCAUGCUCAUGGCCAACUAUCUUUUCCUGUGACAAGGUGGCAACCCUCCCACAUAUUUGCUGUAUUCUAAGAUGUAAUAGGUUUGUAACGCAGAACCUUCUGAAACACAUAGAUGAAGUAGUUAUACAUUAUUGAGUUAUAGCUCACGUCGAGCUCGGCGUGUCAAUUUGUUUAACCAUUUGAAUAUAUGAUGCCUUGUUGAGUCA